AUUGAAAACAGUUACUCUCGAUUGAAUGUACCGAUAUAUUCCAUUAGCGCCCCUAUAGUAUGCGAUACAGUUAGUUCCUCAUGGCAAAUUAUAGGGGACUGGCGAUUAACGUAGUUGAACAACUUGUAAAUUUGCACUUUAACUACUUCUUAGUACAAAUCAGUGUGGUGUGAGUGGCACUGAGUGAAAAUGUAUGAGGUGUAUGCCCUAAUUGCAAGCCUUUUGCUACCCACAGGGUUAAUAGGAUUUCUGUACUUUUUGUAUUAUAUCAAGUAUUCGAGUCACCGAAUUUUAUGGACGUUAAUUUUUGAAAACAUCGCGACCAUUCUUUUGGGAGUUUUCUAUUUGUACAGUGCAGUUAUUCUGUCCCAAACUUUUGUGAGCAAUGACACCGAUUGGUUAGACAACAACAUUGACGAUCUGGCCAUUGUUAAUGGCACUAUUUCCGAACCAGAUGCUGAAUCUUUUUAUCCUGCCACUGCAGCUGAGGAUCACAACAAUGAAAUAGAGGAAACAAGAAACAGCAAAGCCAAAAGCACGUCUAAUGAUUUUCUUCGUGCCUACCAUACAUUGAUUUGGACCUCUAUCAAGAAAUAUAAACAGAAUGGAACUCGAGAAGACAGGGGUUUAUUUCGAAACAUAUUGAAUUACGCCAGGGAAUUGAAAGACAAAACUACAACAGAUAUUCUGGAAAGCCACGAUUGUUUUUUGAGAAUGUUUCUCUAUCAAGGCCUAUUAGUGUAUUCCUUCAUAACCAGCGCGAUUUCCCUGAUAAACACCUGCCAAAUUUGCAACCAAUGUCCUGAAUUAACAUCAGAAGAAAUAGCCAAAACCACUGAAGGCCCCAUGCAAUCUACAGAAACAGAAAAUAGUUCCGGAACUUUUGGAGAGAAAAUAGUUCAUGAUUGCGAUGAAAUUUCCCAUGCAAACACGAACCCAGUGGGGCCGUUGUUUCAGACCGAUAGCAUCGAAAGUUCCUCUACAAACCUGGACGUAUUUACGGUGAAAAAACUGUCUCAAGUGAAUCUGUCUAAUCAGCCUGAAGCAGCAAACUAUUGCAAGACAGUUAAAACGCCACUACAGGAAAAGCCUUAUAUUACCGCUGGAAAAUGUGUGACGCUUUUAGUGCUUCCGGUAGUUUCGGUGCUGAUUUUAUAUGUUUUGAUGAAAAACGGCGUUGUAAUGAAUGAAGUGGAACACGAUAAUUUCGACGUGAAUUUCCUGCCGAAUUUUAACGAAACCACUUCUAACAUGCAGGCGGACAAUAUUUUUAAAGACUUAAACCCUCAAAGCGCUACUGAAUUGGAAAUAACUCACAUAUUAAAAAAUGUUUAUAAAGUAAUCAACUCAGUUCAGGAAAGUCAAAAGGAUACCAAAAUGCCGAUAGUGACAGGACAGUAUUUAUCCAAACUGAAAACUCGCAACUCGACCAACUUUACUAAAGAAUGUAUUGGCAACGAAUCCAACCUGAAAACUUUCGAUUUUGCAAUUUUUGUGCUCGCCUUUUUCGCAGUUCUCUUUUACACAAAAACCAGCGAGAUGAAAUUGUCGAACCCAACAUCCAAGACUAAAAUAAACAAAUGCAUUUGGGCCUUUUCCAUGAUGUGGAGCCCGGGAAUAAUAGACCUGAUUGUUUCCAGAAUGCUCACUACUAGAGAACCAAACGUUAUAUCAGCAUUGCUCCUAUUGCUAGGAAACAUGGACAGAUUGUACUCCACAAAACAAAAUAUCGACAUUUAUAAAAUGUAUGGCAAAGCAAACACGUUUGUAAACCCAAUUUCGAAAAGCUAAGUAAUAUCUACUGUGUUAUUUAUACGAGUUAAAAACGCAAGCAAAUAGUAAUACAUUUCGACUAAUGCAAUAUUAAGAUUUUAAAUAAUAAACUUUUUAAAUAUUUUUUAA